CAUGGUGGGUAUGAGCCUUCACAUCGUCAGGAGAAUGAUGGCAACGUGAAGAUGAGGGAUGUCCACAAGGACCCCCGAGCAAGGCACACUCCUUACACCAUCCGGCAUAGCACGAGGGGACUGCAAGGGCACAGUGAAGACCAAAUCUGUAUUCCUGUGUGGAGAAAUAGAAGACUUUCAGAGAGAGAAAUGGGGGAGAACACACAAGAUGGAACCACGGAGAGCUGGUUCAAGGUCACAAUUCCUCAUGCGAGAAAGCAUGGCAAGGCAUGGCUAGUGAAUUCCAUCCAGAGCCAUUGCAGAGUCUCCUUCACCCCGGUCGAUUUCCACUACGUCCAACAUCGAGCCCUGUUCUUUGUCCAGGAUGCUAGUACUGCAUACGCAUUGAAGGAUGUAAGCUGCAAGAUUUGUGAUGAGGAGAACCACAAGAUAUGUAUCUUUGUCAGUCCUUGUACUGUGCCCUACUCUGUGCAGAAUAAGUUGAAGCCAGAACAAAUGGAGCAGCUAAAGCUGACCAUGAGCAAACGAUACAGUGCCUCUCAGCAAACUCUUGACCUCCAGAGGCUCCGCUUUGACCCAGACUUGGUGAACCAUGAUAUUGAUAUAAUCCUGAAUCGAAGAGACUACAUGGCUGCCACCUUGCAGAUCAUUGAAAGGAAUUUUCCUGAGCUAUUGUCUUUGAACUUGUGCAACAACAAACUGUACCGACUGGAUGGCCUGUCUGGCAUUGCCGAGAAGGCCCCUAAAGUCAAGAUCCUGAACCUCUCCCAAAAUGAGCUCAGGUCAACCUGGGAGUUGGGCAAGGUGAAAGGGCUGAAGCUCGAAGAGCUGUGGCUAGAAGGGAACCCCUUGUGCAGCACUUUCCCAGACCAGUCUACCUAUGUAAGGUCAGUGGUAACCCCUGUCACCCUUCCUGGGCACCUGUGCCUCCUGGGACCCUCAGCUGCCCUCCCCCACGACAGUGCCCUUGUGCAGGAGGAGGCAGCCGGGUCCUCUAGGAGGAACACAGGCCCCCACCCUCUCCCCUUUCAGUGUCCCUCAGCUGUGUUCAUAGGUCUCCUUUCCUUCCUCUGA